ACUAAUGCUUCCUCCAGUCGCCAACUGGAGCCAGUUCCUUUCACCCUCAACUAUUCAUAGGUGUCCUAAUAUCCCCAACACACAGCUGUCGACAUUACCGCCGGACUUUGACGUUGACUUUGGUCGCACUUCCUGUGCAAAUUGUUGCAAAUAUCUUGUCACAACGAUGCAUGCAGUGGCAUAGCUUCUGCAUAUACAAUUGUUGUAAAGCGUAGCAUCAUGGUGCCCAAGCCGACCGCCAUGCUGGCGGUAUGCAUUAUAGCUUUCCUGACUCGGUCCGCCGAGGCAUAUCCGCGAUAUUGGUAUAAUUCAUUAGUUUCCACUGCUGAUGAGCUGACGCUGCCUGGUUUGACUCAAUGCGAUGUGCAUCCUACGGACGCUGUCGCGUACCUAGAUUCACCCCAUCCUGGCGGUUCAACAAGCGAUAGCUCAAUCGGCUUCACAUUUGCUGACGCCCAAGGUAACCUACAGUCCUCAACGCUCUGCUCUGGAAGGAGCUAUACGUUAACGCUGUCCUUCCCAGACCGUCGUCUUGCGCUGCUAACAGCCAACAGCAGCAGUGUUGGUUUUACGUCCCCCAAGCCGCCUACCAACUCUGUUAACCUAAUCUGCCCCAACCGUGUGGAUUUGGGCAACUCCUUAAGCACCAGGGCGAAUUUGGCCUUCAACGCGACUUUCACUUUGCUCUGCAAUGCCACGGGUCAAUCAGUCUUGUUUGAGGUCACUUCUGCCACAACCCAGGGGAUCGCCUUAUGGAAGCAAGCCACAGUGCUCAUGCGGGUCGUCGAAUGCGGCACAUGUGAGAGAGCGCCUGCAUCCUCGUCACCUGUGCCGGCGCCGGGCCCUCGCCCCGACGGCUGUGCCGUCAGCACCCUGGGCUACCAGUGCAUGGCGUCUAAGAGUGAGGACCUGGGUGAGGAAGACGAGUACCCGGCUGCCGGUAGCUCGUCCUGGGCGUACGACAUGGGUGUGACUCAGCAAAGCUCCGCCACCACGAUCUGCUUCAGUCGUCGUCUGAGUGAUAGCCGGCCCAAGGUGUCGCAGAACGUAAAAACAGAUGGAACUUUCACUCGAAUGAUUUGGGCCAUCAGCCCCGCGGACGCCUUUCUGCAGCAUCUGUCGACGAACCGAGGUGGCUUUGCGAUCAAUCUGGGGCUGCCGGCGGGUGUUGGCACGUCCGCCUUCAGCUCAGUGGAGGAGGAGGAGGACGGCGAGGAGGAGGACGGCGAAGGAGACGGAGAUGAAAAGGAAGGUCACGAGGCGGGACCCGAUGACGGUGACGAUGAUAAGAAGAAGCCGCCGGCCGCUACAGCCUCAGGGGGAACCAACUGCCCUACAAGCAACCUGGGCUACAGCUGCUCCGCGACAGUUGGGAGUGAGCUGGCGCAGUACGGCACCCUCCACGUUGCAGUACAGGCAGCAAUCAGAGGCUACGUGGCCAUCGGUUUCAACCCGACAGACGCCUCGGCCAUGUUCCCGAGUGACAUCGCCCUCGGCUGGGCGGCCUCGCCCAAACCGUUCUUCAGCACGUUCCAUGCAACGGCCGAGGACCUCGACAGCAACGAUGCCGUAUCGCCGUCAUGGGCGUACGACAGCGGUGUCGUACAAGACUCUGGUGUCACGACUAUGUGCUUCAGUCGCCGUCUCAAUGAGCCGCUCGCCAAGGAGUCGCCCGACCUUCGGUUCAUAGCUGGCAACAGCAGUAGCAGUGGCGGUGGCGGCGGCCGUCGCCGGCUGGCGGCGUCAGACGGCUCCUCCAAGCUCGGUCUUAUUUGGGCAAUCAGCAAUAGUCAGGACCUUAUACAGCACCAGAGCUCCAACGUGGGCGGCUUCUAUCUGGACGUGGAGAGCGGCGCAUCAGAGGAGGCUGGGAAUGAUGACGAGUACUGGAUCAACGUGCACGGCGCGCUGAUGGCUGUGGCGUGGGGUCUGCUACUGCCGCUGGGUACACUGCUGCCGGCGCACAGGUGGCUAUUGGGGAAUACCAAGGUGUUCGGCAAGCACCUGUGGUUCUGGCUGCAUCUGGUCUGUCAGUGGACCGGCGUGGCGCUGUUCAUUGCCGGUUUCGUGGUGGCGUUUGUGAAGUUUGAGGAGGUGGAGGGGGACCUGACGGAGGCGCACGAGAAGAUCGGCAUUGCUGUUAUGGCGGCGGCGGGUGCGCAGGUGGUGUUGGCGUACAUCCGACCCGACCCUGACCACCCGCGCCGUGGCCUUUGGAACCUGAUCCACCACAAUCUGGGACGAGCAACCAUUCUGCUGGCCUGGGCCAACGUCUACAUCGGCAUCGUGAUCUACCACACGGACUUUGGAGAGGUGUACGCGCCUUGGAUUGCGCCCAUCUCAAUUGUUAUGGGAGUGCUGUUGCUGGCCACCGUGGUUCUUCGGUUUGUGGGGCCCUCCGGUGCUGGAGGCCGCGAACAGAACUCCGGCAGUGAGAAGGAGUUUAAAGCAAUAGUGGCUACCGAGUCCACUGCCGCAGACGGCGACAACGGCAAAAAAGGCGCCUCUAGCGACGCCGGAGGCUUCGACCAGGCCGCGUGA